AUGCCGCUCUCUACGCUUCUGGUUGGCGGGCUGAUGGCUCUGCAGGCGCAUGGCGUGUCUGGACGCGACACCCCUGCGAUACUGCGACGAGCUUGUCCCGAUUACACCUCGUACGCCUCAACGCCGCAUGGUCCUUACAGUGGUGGCCCCUUGAAUCUCCCUUACCAGCGCCCCGCUGAAGCAUGCCGCACCUUCUCGUCGGCAUCUGUGGAGAAGGUCAUUGAGGACAUGACUUCGCGUCUGGUCGACAAGGACCUUGCGCAGCUCUUUCGUAAUGCCUACCCCAAUACCCUAGACACUACAAUUCGAUGGCACCAGAACGGCACCACUGCGGCUUCUAAGCGUCGAAGCAAGCGCGAUAGCGCACAGUGGACCGGCGCGCAGACCUUCAUUGUGACUGGAGACAUCAAUGCAGAGUGGCUGCGCGACUCAACCAACCAGCUGACCAAUUACCAGGCGCUCGCAAGCAAGGACAAGAGCCUGUAUGAUUUGAUUCUGGGUGCGAUCAACACCCAGGCGGAGUUUGUCAUUCAGUCGCCGUACUGCAAUGCCUUCCAGCCACCAUCUGCGAGCGGCAUCAAACCAGAGAAUAACACUCAGGUGGAUACCGUUCACCCAGCAUACGAGAAAUCUUUUGUCUAUGAGUGCAAGUACGAGCUUGACUCCCUUGCCCACUUCCUGUUGCUCGGCACUCAGUUCCACGAGCACACCGGCUCGACUGAGUUCCUGAGCGAUCGCUGGUUCAAGGCGCUACAGACUGUCCUCGAUGUGAUCGAUGCCCAGUCUCAGCCCACAUUCAACUCAGAUAACCAAUUUGUCACUAACCAGUACACAUUUCAACGUAAGACUACUAGUGGCACCGAGACGCUGAACCUGCAGGGUGUUGGGAACCCUCUCAACAGCGGCACAGGACUCAUCCGCAGCGCCUUCCGCCCUAGCGACGAUGCCACUAUCCUGGGCUACUUCAUUCCCCCCAAUGCCAUGAUGUCCGUCCAGCUUCAGGAGAUCGCCAAGGUCAUCAAGGUUGCCGGUGGCCACGACGACUUGGUUGAGGAGCUGGAACAACGCGGCCAAAACCUCGCCAACGCAGUCAAGGAACACGGCAUCGUCAGCCACGCCAAGUACGGUGAUGUCUACGCCUUCGAGGUUGACGGCUAUGGCUCGCGUAUUCUAAUGGAUGACGCCAACAUCCCCUCGCUGCUUUCUCUGCCAUACCUUGGCUUUCUCGACAAGAGCGACAAGGUCUACCAGAACACCCGCAAAAUGAUCACGGAGAAGGCUGGUAACCCAUACUACCUGGAGGGUCCCGCUUUCCACGGCAUUGGUGGUCCUCAUAUCGGUCUCGAGAAUGCCUGGCCUAUGUCCCUCCUCAUGCAGGCUAUGACCUCCGAUGAUGACUCGGAGAUCCUGGAGUCCAUCAACCUGGUCCGCAAUUCCAGUUUGCUUGGCCUCGUACACGAGUCGAUCAGCGUUACGAAUAUCAAAACCUACACUCGUCCCUGGUUCUCAUGGGCAAACUCUGUAUUCGCCCAGACUCUUCUUCAGGUCGCAGAGGAGAGGCCUCAUUUGAUCUUCGGGGACAAUGCCGAACCUUAUACUAUCUCUUGA